AUGUUCGAUAUUAUUUACCAGGCUUUUGAUCAACUACUGAGUUAUCUCACUCAGGAGCAAAAAGAUUCCUUUAAUUACGAUUCCAUCCGAAAUUACUUAACAUCAAUCAAUGCCGAAAUGGAAGCACUCAAAGAUCAAAAUCAACAAUUGCAAGAGCAGCUAAACCAAUCUGCACAAAAUGAGCAAAUUUCGGAUUCAUUUAUGAUGAACACAGAAUUGUCCAUUACCGAACUUGAUGAGUCUGUCCUAAAUAAUGAAAGUUUCACAAUGGAUCAACUCGAAAAAGAAACAAGAAUCUCAUUAUAUGACCAGAAGCUAGAAAUAUCAAAUAGUUCUGAGCUUCUUCUUGGACAAGAUAAGGACAUUCCGACAAUUGAUAUUAAUCCUUUAGUUUCUAACUUAGAAAGUCUCAUCAGCGAAACAAAAGCUAAAGAGCGUAAGAUAGACGACCUUGCGCAAAAGAAUGAUGCGUUGAUUGAUACAUUUAAAUCACUUUUCGGAGAGUUUGAUGAUGAUAUUUUGGAUGACGCCGAAGUAGAGAACGCCCAAUUGCGCGAAAAGAUCAAAAACAUCACUCAGGAGUUCGAAGAGUUCAAGCAAAAUUCGGCGCUAUCGACUCCUCAAAAGUUAAAUAAUCAUGAAAACAUUGAAACAGAAAAUGUCAACCAGCUGAAGAUUGAAUUGACAUUCCUGAAGGGUAAAUGUCAGAAAUACAUCAAAGACUACAAGAGGAUCAAGGCUGAAAACCAGAAAGCGAGAAAAUUCCUUAUAGCUCUAGGAAAGAUUAAUAAUCCUGAAACAACCCUUAUUGGACUUAUUAAUUCUGCCUUGCUGAAGCUACUUCAUAAGACUAAAGCUCGCUUCGAAGCAAUAUUUGAUAAUUUGCUUGCUCUUUUCAGCCAAAAGAUAGCUGCCAUCGACGAGCAGAUGAUCCGUAUGUCUCUGAAGUAUCAAAAGAUGGUUGUAUCCGAUGAACUCUUUUAUUACGAUAAUAACUGUUUCAAAGACUCAACUCUUCUCAUCAAUGCUGUAAACUGUUUCCGUGCAGUAUUCCCUGAAACUUUCCGCCUUACUCCUUACUCAAGUACCGAUGCUGUUGCUAGUAAAUUAGAUGAUUUGAAAUCAUCAAUUGAAAACGUGUUCCAUGACAAUAACAUUCCUGUUCCAAGAUCACAGAGCUUAGUCACCAGGAUCUCUGCCCUUAACAGAUCCCUAAAAUCAACCUUUAUGAAGGAAAACUUGAUCGCAAAUUAA